CCACCCGAGGCGCGACCCCUCGGCCUCCCGGCGCUCCCAGCCGCCGCGCCCGCGUCGCUUCCUCUCUCUCGCUCGCCCGCCCUCGUCCCUGCGCCGGCUGCGCCAUGGCGUUGGCGUUGGCGGCUCUGGCUGCGGUGGAGCCGACCUGCGGCGUUGGGUACCAGCAGUUGCAGAAUGUGGAAGAGCCUGUACAGCUGGAACAGGUUGCAUGUGACGCUCCUCCUCCUUACAGCAGCAUCUCUCCAGAGAGUGCAGUAGUGUAUUUUGACUACAAAGACGAGUCUGGGUUUCCAAAGCCCCCAUCUUACAAUGUGGCUACCACACUGCCCAGUUAUGAUGAAGCCGAGAGAACCAAGGCUGAAGCUACUAUUCCUUUGGUUCCUGGAAGAGAUGAGGAUUUUGUGGGUCGGGAUGAUUUUGAUGAUGCUGACCAGCUGAGGAUAGGAAACGAUGGGAUUUUUAUGUUAACAUUUUUCAUGGCAUUCCUCUUUAACUGGAUUGGGUUUUUCCUGUCUUUUUGCCUGACCACUUCAGCUGCAGGAAGGUAUGGGGCCAUUUCAGGAUUUGGUCUCUCCCUAAUUAAGUGGAUCUUGAUUGUCAGGUUUUCCACUUAUUUCCCUGGAUACUUUGAUGGUCAGUAUUGGCUCUGGUGGGUGUUCCUGGUUUUAGAUGUUUUCUGGCAAAGGCCUUCCUGCGUUUAUGAAUUCUCUCUCAAGAAGCAAGAGAACACCUGCAGGAAGUGAAUCAAGAUGCAGAACACAGGAAUAAUCACCUACUUCAACAAAAUAAAGUACUGUUGAAAAAGAUCACGUCUCACUAUUUGUUCCUAGGUGUUAAAUUUUAGUAGUUAAUGCAGAAUUCUGUAAUCAUGGAAUCAUUAGUGGUUAAUGUUUGAAAAAGCUCUCGCAAUCAAGUCUGUGAUGUAUUAAUAAUGCCUUAUCUAUGGUUUGUAGUCAUUUUAAAUAGCAUGAGCCUUGUCUCUGUAGUCACUAGGGGGCAAUCUUGCUUUAUUCAUCCUCCAUCUCAAAAUGACUUUGGCAUAAAAUAUUUUAGUGUAAGAUAAUGUGUAAUGCUGGCCAUUUUAAAGGGGUUUUCUCAAAAGUUAAAAAUUCGUUAUGACUGCAUUCAUUUCUGCACAUAAUUCAUAGUUACUGUGAAAAUUAAUCUAGAAAUUGAUGCAAUUGUAUUGUGAACACCUGAAAGCAAAACCAUAGUGCAAAUACAUUUGAGGUUUGGUCAAGAAUAUGUUCUUAAUUGGAAAAUAAUAAGCAUUAAUUUUUUUAUAGUUUGUAUUCUAAAUUUUGCAGUACUUGUUGUUCUUUAUUGUGUGCCUAAGGGAUUGUAAAUGUGUUGUCACUGUAUAAAAUAGAAAGGACAGGGAUAAAAACAGCUUAAUUAUUAAAAUGCAAUUCUGGACACUUUCUGUAUGAUUAGCAUCUCCUAUCCCUUCUUUUUCUUUUUCUCUUAUCUCCUGAUGAUGAUUAGGCCAAGGGCUGGGGGAAGGGAGGGAAUUAGUUACUAAGAGCAAAGAAUUUGCUUGGAACUUUUGAGAUGAUCCCUAACAUACUGUAUGUACUACUUGCUUUUACAAUGUGUUAGCAGAAACUGAUGUGUUAUAAAUGUAGAAUGAUGUGCUUUCUGCCAAGUGAUUAUUCACCUUGGUUUGCUAUGUUAAAACUGUAAAUACAACAGAACAUUAAUAAAUGUCUCUUGUGUAGCAAA